AUGUCCAAACAAGAAUUUAAAUUGUUCUCCUCAUUAACUCUCGGAAGCGAUGGAAAUCAUGAGGGUUUCAAAUUGAAACACCGUGUGGUCUUGGCACCAUUAACAAGAUGUAGGGCUGUCGUUGGUGAUUGCGAACAUACAGAGCAUGGAAUCACCUAUUACCAACAACGAACCUCGGAAGGAGGCCUCAUCAUCUCUGAAGCUACCCAGAUAACACCACAAGGACAAGGCUAUCCAGCCACUCCUGGCAUUUACUCAAAGGCUCAAAUUGAGUCUUGGAAGAAAAUUACAGAUGCUGUCCAUCAAAAGGGCGGAAUCAUUGCUUGUCAAUUGUGGCAUGUUGGGCGAGUGAGAUGGGCCGACUCAGUGAGUAGCUCUUCAGUGCCUUUGGGAGAAAACGCAACCGAUUUGAAAACCAUGCAACAAGUCCCUGCUGAAGCUCCGAGAGCAUUGAGUGUUGAAGAAAUUAAACAAGUGGUAGAGCAGUAUGGUGUUGCAGCCAAGAAUGCUAUUGAGGCUGGUUUUGACCUUGUGGAGCUUCAUGCAGCGAAUGGAUAUCUUAUUGAUCAGUUCUUGCAAGAUGGAGUCAACAAGAGAACCGACGAAUACGGAGGAUCUAUCGAGAAUCGAAUUCGCUUCUUGAAAGAAGUCGUUGAAUCUGUUCUGAAGCACCUCAAUAACGAGUCCUAUCGUGUCGGUGUUAGAAUUAGCCCUUCCGGAGUGUUUAACAACAUGUCUGACUCGAACCCUCAAGAAUUGUUUACUGAGGUGACCAAAUUAUUGAACAAUUACAACUUAGCAUAUUUGCAUGUGAUUGAGCCAAGAGCCAACUUGGUCUAUUCCAAGGCAGCUGAAGAAGUAGAAGCCGUCAGCGCUGUAGCAUGCAAGCAAUUGAGACAAUACUUUAAAGGACCAAUUAUUGCCGCUGGAGGAUUUAACAGACAAACAGCCAUUGAUAUUGUUGAAUCAGGAGAUGCUGACCUGGUUGCUUUUGGCCGUUACUUUAUUUCAAACCCUGAUUUGCCCUUGAGAUUAGAAAAGAAUUUGCCACUAAGUCGAUACAAUAGAGACACGUUUUAUUAUUCUUCGGAUUUGGUGACAGGAUAUACAAAUUAUCCCUUCUACUCGGAAGAACAAUAA